GCUGCGUAGUUAUCAAUGUUAAAAUUUUCUUCAAUAUCACAAAUAUCAGAGAUGUUUUUCAAAGUAACAUUAUUAGUGUCAUUAUUAUAUUUAACUUCAGUGGAAUCCAAUGAUAUUAGACUAGGAUUUGCUACACCAUAUUCAAAGAAAAUAUACAGUGCUAUUAAGAUUGCAAACCCAGCGUUAUGGCAGAGAGAAGACGAUGUGCUGAUCAGUUCACCAAACCACGAGCUAAUAGAUGCAGUGUACAUCACUGACUUACGACCAGAGAAAGAUGGCAUAGCAUAUAUAGAAGCUGGUGGAAUUGGGAGCAAAACUGUGACAAUCGCGUUGAAGAGUCCAUCACUACUAAGAGGAUACAAAUUCGCGAUUGAAGUUUAUGCGCAGAGUCUUCAUCACGGGUAUGGAACGAAUAUUUUGCCGAUCCAAGGUGCUGCGUAUCCGAGAGCUGGUUUGAGUGGAUAUGGGAGCCAGUAUCCUGGAUAUCCUACUGCAUAUUCUGGUGUAGGGGUAUACCCAAAUAAUUAUGGCAAGAAGUGAAACGCCAUUUAUUAAUGUUAUCAUAACUGUGCAAUGAAGUGUAAAUAUUGAAUGUAUUGUAUAGUGCGUCUUAUUUUAUUUUGAAACGAAUAGUUACAUACUAUUAUUUCUAUCGAGAACUGUUCUGUCUUUGAAUUCGACCUUGAA